AUGGCGACGACCAACACUGGCGCGUACCAGUACGGCAACCCCUACUCCAACAGGCCGUCGCACCACAUCCCGCCGUACUUGAAGGUGGUCGGCGCCGUCGUCUUCAGCCUGGCCGCCAUCGCCCUGCUGGCCAAGCUGCUCCAUUUCUGCUGGCUGCGCUCGAUGAAGGACGACGCGCAGCAGGAGGCCGACGCCGGCGGCGAUCGUCGUGGACGACGGCGGCCAACGGGAGUCGACGGCGACGGUGGCGGCGUAGUAGCGCCACGCCGGCAGCAGCCGCCGGCGCCGGCGGCAGUAGUGGCCGUGGAGAUGGUGCGCGCGAUGGGUCCGCUGGUGUGCACGUACCUGAGGGCGGAUGGGUGGCCGGCGGAGGCGACGUGCGCGGUGUGCCUGGCCGGGCUGGCCGACGGUGACGCCCUCAGGGUGCUGCCGGUGUGCAUGCACUACUUCCACGCCGCCUGCGUCGGCGAGUGGCUGCGCGCGCACGAUACCUGCCCGCUCUGCCGUGCACCGCUUGCUCCUCCCGCCGCCGCCGACGAUGCCGCCGCCUAG